CCCCAGCGCGCUACCCAGCAUGCAGCGGGCGGCGGGCUCGCACCAAGAUGGCGGCGCCUCUGGAUGAGUACGAGAAAGAAGCGGGCUGCGUCCCCAUCCUGCACCCCGAGGAAAUCAAGCCCCAAAGCCAUUAUAACCAUGGAUACAGUGAUUCUCUUGGACGGAAAAGCCACAUUGAUGAUUACAGCACAUGGGAUAUUGUCAAAGCUACACAGUAUGGAAUAUAUGAACGAUGUAGAGAGUUGGUGGAAGCAGGUUAUGAUGUACGGCAGCCAGACAAAGAAAACGUUACACUUCUCCACUGGGCUGCAAUCAACAACAGAAUAGAUCUUGUGAAAUUCUACAUAUCAAAGGGUGCUAUUGUUGAUCAGCUGGGAGGAGAUUUAAAUUCCACCCCACUUCACUGGGCAACGAGACAGGGUCACUUAUCCAUGGUUGUACAACUAAUGAAGUAUGGUGCAGAUCCGUCACUAAUUGAUGGGGAAGGAUGCAGCUGUAUUCACUUGGCUGCCCAGUUCGGGCAUACGUCUAUUGUUGCUUACCUGAUAGCAAAGGGACAGGAUGUAGAUAUGAUGGAUCAAAAUGGAAUGACACCUUUAAUGUGGGCAGCUUACAGAACACAUAGUGUGGAUCCAACUCGAUUGCUGCUUACUUUUAAUGUUUCCAUUAAUCUUGGGGACAAAUAUCACAAAAAUACAGCACUACAUUGGGCUGUGCUAGCAGGAAAUACUACAGUCAUUAGUCUUCUACUAGAAGCAGGAGCUAAUGUUGAUGCCCAAAAUAUCAAGGGAGAAUCACCACUUGAUUUGGCAAAACAGAGAAAAAAUGUUUGGAUGAUCAACCACUUACAGGAGGCAAGACAGGCAAAGGGAUAUGACAAUCCAUCAUUUCUCAGAAAGCUAAAGGCUGAUAAGGAAUUUCGUCAGAAGGUGAUGCUAGGAACUCCAUUCCUAGUUAUUUGGCUGGUUGGGUUUAUAGCAGACCUAGAUGUUGAUUCGUGGCUCAUUAAAGGGCUAAUGUAUGGUGGUGUAUGGGCUAUGGUACAGUUUCUUUCAAAAUCAUUCUUUGAUCACUCUAUGCAUAGUGCACUGCCUCUUGGAAUAUACCUGGCAACUAAAUUCUGGAUGUAUGUGACAUGGUUUUUCUGGUUUUGGAAUGAUCUCAAUUUUCUCUUUAUACAUCUUCCAUUCCUUGCCAAUAGUGUUGCACUUUUCUACAAUUUUGGAAAAUCCUGGAAAUCAGACCCAGGAAUCAUUAAAGCCACAGAAGAACAAAAGAAAAAGACAAUAGUUGAACUUGCAGAGACAGGAAGUCUGGACCUCAGUAUAUUCUGCAGUACCUGUUUGAUACGGAAGCCAGUGAGGUCCAAACAUUGUGGCGUGUGCAAUCGAUGUAUAGCAAAGUUUGACCACCACUGCCCAUGGGUGGGUAACUGCGUAGGGGCAGGGAACCAUCGCUAUUUCAUGGGAUAUCUGUUCUUUUUGCUUUUUAUGAUCUGUUGGAUGAUUUAUGGCUGUAUCUCUUACUGGGGAAUCCAUUGUGAGACUACUUACACAAAGGAUGGAUUGUGGACAUACAUUACACAAAUUGCCACCUGUUCACCUUGGAUGUUUUGGAUGUUUCUAAAUAGUGUGUUUCAUUUCAUGUGGGUGGCUGUGUUACUUAUGUGUCAGAUGUAUCAGAUAUCUUGUUUAGGUAUCACUACAAAUGAAAGGAUGAAUGCAAGACGAUACAAGCACUUUAAAGUCACAACAACAUCUAUUGAAAGCCCAUUCAACCGUGGAUGUAUAAGGAAUAUUAUAGACUUCUUUGAAUUCAGAUGCUGUGGUCUUUUUCGUCCUGUUAUUGUGGACUGGACAAGGCAGUAUACAAUAGAAUAUGACCAAACUUCAGGAGCAGGCUACCAGCUAGUGUAG